AUGCAUAUUAAAGAUCCCGAAAAUGCGAGCCUUAAAAUUUUUGACAUACCAGGACUCCCACAAAUUGAUGAUAAUGCAAUUCAAAAUGCCCUCGACGCGUUCGAUAAAUUUUCUUUUAAUAAUACCGGCGACGAAGCAACAGACGGUCUCGUUAAGAACUUUUUAAACGAACGCAAAGUCCUCCGAGAAUUAUUUGAAAAAAGUGUAACAAUUAGUAUACUUUCUGCUAACUUAGCGAACAAGAUAGCACUUUAUAUUGAAGCUUUUUCGGCCGCGGGAUUGGAAAAUAAAAUGUGUGAUGCUCUUAUAAAAUCAGCUGAUCGUAUUGCCGACCAUACGCGAGACCUUGCAAAGGAAUAUGAUAAUUUCCUACAAAAAUUAAACGGUAUUAUGGAAGAAAGCACCAUACGAAACCUUGAUAAUGAAUAUCAAAAAGCAACGUUAGAAACCGAGAAUCAACGAUUAAGCAACUCUGCCAAACAUUGGAGAAAUGCGUCUAUUGCCCUUGGAGUUGCAGCGAUAGUUGCUGCGCCAUUGACAGCUGGUGUUAGUUUGAUUGUGGCCGAAGUAGUUGCAGUCGAGGCAAUUGUUGCUACUACUGCUACUACUGUCACUGCUACAGCAGCAGCACUUGCAGCCAAGAAAGGAGUAGAAAAGAAAGCUGAUUAUAAGGGACAAGAAAUUGUAAAAGUCGAUGCUAAAAUUGAUGUACUUAAAUCAAUGAUUGAUAAAAUAGUUAUCUCACUUUAUAAUACAAAACAAUUUGAAAACAUGUGGCAAUAUUUUAUUGCUAUCUGGGCAUUGGCAGUUGCAACUUCAGUAAUCGGAUGA